UCUUCCCAUAUAUAUCUUUGGUGUUUUAUUUCUCCAUGGAGUAAGCACAAAGAAAAGCUUCCGCUUGCCAGCUGCUAUUGAAACAGUUUGUUGUGGUUUUUUUCGUACAAAUUGAAAAGUUUAACAUUUUCGUAAUAAUGCAUAUAUAUAAGUUGUAUUGUUACUGACAGAUUUAUGACAUGAGGCAACACCUUUCGAGUAGAUAGGGGUUGCCGGCCUGUAAUCAUACUCAUGAUGUCACUUGUUGAUCUGGGAAAGAAGUUAUUAGAGGCUUCUCGGCAGGGCCUGCAAGAUGAAGUCAAGAUUCUCAUGGCCAAUGGAGCACCAUUUACAACUGAUUGGCUUGGCACAUCCCCCCUUCACCUUGCUGCACAUGCUGGUCAUGUACCCACUGCUGAAGUCCUUCUUAAAGCUGGAGUUAGUCGUGAUGCCAGGACAAAGGUUGACCGGACACCUCUACACUUGGCUUCCCAAGAAGGUCAUAAAGAAAUUGUUCAGUUACUGAUUGAACAUGGUGCUGAUAUCAAUGCUAAAGACAUGCUUAAAAUGACACCACUGCACUGGGCAGUUGAGCGACUGCAUGCUCCUGUCAUCAAAUUAUUACUGGAAAAUGGCGCAGGUUUGGACAUUGUAAACAAGUUUGAGAAGACACCAUUGGACAUAGCUUCAGAUCACCAUCAUCAAGAGGUCAUCGCCUUAUUACAAUUGGCUCAGGGAGUGACUAGUGAGGUGACUAUAGAGGAAGCGCCGUGUGUAUACAUCACAACAGCAGACUGUGAUUCAUCAAUUACUAGCAGUUCCACUCCAGCAUCUACUGCACUGCAGAACUUUGUCACGGCAGCAGCAAAGGCCAAGUCUAAGGCUAAUUGCAAAGUGGUCACUAAAGUACCCACAACAGCAAGUUCUACAUCAGUGCUAGCAACAUUAGCAGCUUUAGCGGAGGCCUCUUCACCCCUCAACAAACCAUCACCCACCAGCAGUAGGAGCAACUCUCUCUAUGGUACAAGUAGUGAAUCACUUCAGAUGUACACACUAACAGAAGCUGGGAAGUUAGCCAUGCAGUGGAAGAAAUCAAGCAAUGAUGAGAACCAAAAGCAGGUAAAGAGAAAUGAAAGAAUAAAGCCAGUGGCGGCGCUACGGGGGGGCAUGGGGUAUCAUUUGUUAUACAUCAUUCUACGGUUGGAUACAUUACUCAUGAGGCCAAAAAAAAUAGUUUUGCUUCCGAUUACAUGGCAUUUGCAAAUAGGUUAAAUAGGUAGGGAUUUU